AUGGGCCUGAAAAGAGUCAACCUCGUGCUGUUGGCCAGCCCACUGCUGUGGGCACCGUGCUUCCUGCGCGGCAGGCCAUCAUUUCGAACUCGGACUGUGUGUGGAGCUACCUCUGCGCAAGCCGCCAAAGCUGAGGCCCUUCGUGCCCUCGGGCUGGACUAUGUGCCGCCCAUGCAGGAGUUGCGGCGCACCUUUCGGCGUCUUGCCGCGCGAUCGCAUCCAGAUGUCGCGAGUGGCAGCGAGGAGUCCUUCCGACGAGUCGUGGAUGCUUAUCGUGUCUUGCAAGGGUUGGAUGACGCAGAGCUGCUUUCCACAGGUGAAGAGCCGGCUGACGCAGUGGAGGAGUUCCUCGCCGACUGGCUCGGAAAGGAAUUCUCUGUCCCAGGCUGGGGCAAUUUCGCUCAGAUAGAGAGAGACACGGAUGAUGAUGGGUGGGCAGGGCGAGCUCCCGUGUUGAAUACCUUUGUGAGAAGGCACGAUGCCUCGGUGGAGGGCCUGGUCUCCGAAGGAUCUGUCGUGCUCUUCCGUUUGCUGCAGCCACAGAAGGGCUUUGGAUGGGGCAUCGGUCAUGUUGUGGCGGUGCAGGUGAACUAUAGCAGGAAUGGGCCAAAUGGCCUGCUGCAUGUGCAGCCGAUGUACCUGCGCGAGAUCAGGAGUGGCACUGCUUUGCUGGAGGAUGAUUGGGAUGCUGACAUUGCCAUCACGAGGGCAACCGAUCGCUUGGAAGUCUUGGAUGCGCGGCUUCGAAGCGACGGGACUUUGCAGCUAGAGGAGCCGAGUCGAGCUCACACGCGAGCGGUGCUUUCAGGAAUGGUCCUUCUAGAUCCCGCUGAGUAG